AUCUUGUGACGUCCACAUCAUCCGUUCAGAGACUUUCGAAUAUUGUUGAGCUUUUGAGACAUAGUUCAUUUGCAUUUGCAAUUUCAAAGCAGGAUUACCAACAACAUUUGCACUAGUCCUAUGUCAUCAAUAUGACAUCGUAGGCUCAUUUCGUGUUUGUGCAGUAGAUCAGAGUUACCAGUAUGUCUGCCCUAGAUACGGAAUAUCUGUUUGUAGGACUUGGAGGAUAUAUCAUUUCUAUCGAAUGAAGGGAGACCGGGCGGCCAAGGAAUCCUCCGAUAAGGAACAGGCAUGACAGCGUCAGGACAAAGCCUGUGAUGCAACCGAUGGAGUUGGAAACAGGUCUUUGGUAGUCAUUGGCAACUUCUCACCUAUAAUACAGUCUUCCUCUUAAUGACAGUGCAGUUCUUCCAUUCUCUUCCGCGCAGCAGUGAUAAGCCCCGUUGACCAUGGCUGAAGAGGAGAAGCAGGCCAACCCUCCACAAGAUCAAGAACACCAAUCAACUGACUCGCCGGCCCAUCUCUUGCCAAGAUUCUACGGAGCUUUAGGGGGAGGUAAUUCCUCAGAAAAGGAUUCAUGGCCUGAGCUGGUGGGUCUAAUGGCAGAUGAAGCAGAGAAGAAGAUCAAGGAAGAGAAACCCAGGGCCAUAGUCCAAGUGGUCGGACCGGAUUGCUUCACCACUAUGGAUUUCAACACCGGUCGAGUUCGACUGUACGUAGAUCCUUCUGGGAAGGUGGAGAGAAGACCGAGAAUCGGUUAAAUGAUCACUUCCUUUUCAGUUCCGGGUACGUUCAAUGAUGUUUUGGACACGAACACAUGAGUCUCUGCUAUGGGGUUACUUUCUUUGCAAAGUAAACUGCUAUUUACAAAUAUUCAUCCCCCCAACAAACAUAUGAAUGAAACAACAAAUUUCUCAGAUA